AUGAUGUCCCUGAUCCAGCUUCUGCUCACCCUGGGGCUCCUUGUUCAGGGUGAGACCAGGUUGCCCACAAUGAAGUUCUGCUCUGAUGGAGAACAACUUGAAGAAGCAGCAUUGACCUUCUUCCAUCUCCUCUCUCCAUCUCAAAGAAAUGAGACUCUUGUGUUUGGAUGGUGUUCAUCUUUCUCUAAGCUGGAUUUGUCUCCAUAACCUUCUCCUCUUUUUCAUCUUUUCCAGCUUCAUCAGGACAAAUCCUCCUGACUCAGACUCCUGGAUCUCAGUCUGUGGUUCCAGGAGGGACCGUCUCCAUCAAAUGUCAGACCAGUUCAUCUGUUGGUAACUGGCUCAACUGGUACCUUCAGAAACCUGGAGAAGCUCCUAAACUCCUGAUUUAUGAAGCUUCAACCCGUCAGUCUGGAGUUCCAGCUCGUUUCAGUGGAUCUGGAUCAGGAUCAGACUUUACUCUGACCAUCAGUGGAGUCCAGGCUGAAGAUUCAGGAGUUUAUUACUGUCAGCAGAGUUACAGAUUCCCGUUCACACAGUGA